CAAGAUCUCUGCUGUUUUGUCGCGUUGCUGGCCUAAUACAAACUGCUAGAAAUUUACUCUUAGUCUGUAGAAAAAUACAUUUUAAAUCAGGUCAAUAAAUACAUGUAAUAUUCCCAUCCUCAUAUACGUGACUAAGUUCUGAAUCAAGCAGGAAUAUCUGGAGGAAUAUCAACUGAACUGAGAUCUGCUGCUGUGAAGAUGGUGUUUGUUAAAGAGGAGAGUGAGGAGGACAUGAGUGAACCAGAACCCUGGAGAAUAAAACACGAGGAACAAGGAGGCCUGGUGAAAGUGAAGGAGGAAAGACCUGAAGAUCUGAAUGAAGUGGAGGAGAAACAUCAUCAGAAAGCUCAUGAUGUCACCGCUGGAGAGAAGCUGUUGAGUUGCUCCAAAACUGAAAACAGUUGCUCACAAAGCAGCAUCCAAAUAACAGAAGUGAAAAAGCCUUUCAUCUGUUCUCAGUGUGGAAACACUUUCUCAUGUAAACGAUACCUUAUAAAGCACAUGAGAAUUCAUGCUGGAAUAAAGCUUAUCACCUGUUCUCAGUGUGGAAAGACUUUCAAACAUAAAGAAAAUCUGAAGAAGCACAUGCUAAUUCAUGAUGGAAUAAAGCCUUUCACCUGUUCUCAGUGUGGAAAGAGUUUCACACAGAAUUCACACCUUAAGGAUCAUUUGUUAAUUCACACUUCAGAAAAGCCUUUCACUUGCCCUCAGUGUGGAAAGACUUUUAUACAUAAAAGAAGCCAGAAGAAGCACAUGUUAAUUCAUGCUGGAAUAAAGCCUUUCUCCUGUUCUCAGUGUGCAAUGAGUUUUACACAGAAAACACACCUUAUUUGUCAUUUGGCGACUCACACUUCAGAAAAGCCUUUCGCAUGCCCUCAGUGUGGAAAAACUUUUAAACGUAAAGCAACCCUGAAGAAUCACACGUUAAGUCAUGCUGGAAUCAAGCCUUUCAGCUGCUCUCAGUGUGGAUGCAGUUUCAGAUAUAAAAGAAGCCUGGAGAAGCACAUGUUAGUUCAUAAUGAAAUAAAGCCUUUCUCCUGCUCUCAGUGUGAAAGCUCUUUCAUAUGUGAAGGACGUUUGAAGAAGCACAUGAUAAUUCAUGCUGGAAUAAAGCCUUUCACCUGCUCUCGGUGUGGAAAGUGUUUCAAACAGAAAUCACACCUUAAUGAGCAUUUGUUAAUUCACUCUUCAGAAAAGCCGUUCACCUGUUCUCAGUGUGGAAAGACUUUUACACGUAAAAGAUACUUAAAGAAUCACAUGUUAAAUCAUGCUGGAAUCAAGCCUUUCACCUGCUCUGAGUGUGGAAACUCUUUCGUAUGUAAAGGAAGCCUGGAGAAGCACAUGCUAAUUCAUGAUGGAAUAAAGCCUUUCAGCUGUUCUCAGUGUGGAAAGAGUUUCACAUAUAAAUCACAUCUUAAUGGUCAUUUGGUGACUCACACUUCAGAAAAGCCUUUCACUUGUCCUCAGUGUGGAAAGACUUUUACACGUAAAGGAUAUUUUAAGAAUCACAUGUUAAUUCAUGCUGGAAUCAAGCCUUUCACCUGUUCUCAGUGUGGAAACUCUUUCGUAUCUAAAGGAAGCCUGGAGAAGCACAUGCUAAUUCAUAAUGAAAUAAAGCCUUUCACCUGCUCUCAGUGUGGAAAGAGUUUCAAACAGAAUUCACACCUUAAUGCUCAUUUGGUAACUCACACUUCAGAAAAGCCUUUCACUUGCCCUCAGUGUGGAAAGACUUUUACACGUAAAGGAUACUUAAAGAAUCACAUGUUAAGACAUGCUGGAAUCAAGCCUUUCACCUGCUCUCAGUGUGGAAACUCUUUCGUGUCUAAAGGAAGCCUGGAGAAGCACAUGCUAGUUCAUAAUGAAAUGAAGCCUUUCUCCUGCUCUCAGUGUGGAAGGAGUUUCAAACAGAAAGGACACCUUAAUUAUCAUGUGCUUAUUCACACUUCAGAAAAGCCGUUCACCUGCUCUCAGUGUGGAAAGACUUUUAUACGUAAAGAAAGCCUGAAGAAUCACAUGUUAAAUCAUUCUGGAAUAAAGCCUUUCACCUGCUCUCAGUGUGGAAAGAGUUUCAUCUGUAAAAAAACAUUAAAUAUUCAUGUGAGAAUACACACUUAAGAGAUGCCUUAAGCCCCGUUCACACUACACGCGACUUUGUCGCUGCAGGUCGCCUGUGGCUGCGCUGGAGGGCGUUCCCCACUACCGGUUGCCUAGUAAUGUUUGUGAGUGACAUUCACGGAAGUUACUCUAUGUUAGACAAAAAAUACGUUUUAUUGCCGCUACAAACAAAUAUUUUGUAAGGAAAAGUCUAACGCCGCCUUCACACUGGCAGUUGAAAUCAGCUCCGUAAUACGCAAUACGUUCCCAACGGAUGUCGUACUACACAGUGAAAAGCAUCGGACGUUAGAAUAAAAAUGGCGGAGAGAUUAGAAAGGUUGAUUCUGUCAGUUCUGUAUAAUCUCUCUGAUGAGGUUUAUAGAUGUAUUAAUAUAUAGGCUGCUGAGGAAAGUUGCUCAGGACGUUGACAUGUCAGGUCGACUAAAAAAUGUGAUAUAUGGUGGUCAACAGUUCAAUGUCUGCCUACAAUUUAAUUGUAUUAACUGCCCUAAUAACGUUAGAAAGUCAUGAAAAUAAA